GAUCUUUUCUUAUCCUUGUUGUCAGGGUUCGCACAGCAUUGUGGGUAGAGCAGGUCAGAUGACCCUCGCCUCUCCUGUGAGGGGUACAGCUGCUGUCACACACUGUUAGCCACUGAAGGAAACACCGACAUUUACAGGUUGAGCCAUGAGGCACCUGGUCUUCCUCCUCCCAGCCCUGCUGCUGCUGCUGGCCCUGCCGGACACUAGGGGGCGCUACAAUGAUGACUUUGAUGAUGGUGAGGACAUCGCUGAGUUUGAUGACAAUGACUUUGCUGAGUUUGAGGAUGUCAGCGAGGACCCAGCAGUGGAUGUGCAGAAAGAGCCACCCCCACGAGCAGCCCCCGCAUCUACACCCAUAGAGGACGACGAAGACGAGGCCACAGUAGAGAACGAAGACGGCCAGGAUGAGUUUGAAGAUGCUGAUGCACAAGAUCAAGACAUGUACAGCAAGUAUGACAACGAGGAGUUUGAGGGCUAUGAGAAGACCAACCCUUCUUUCAAAAACACUCUUAUAUACAGAGAGGUCCCAGCACACCUUCAGAACAGCUGGGAGAGUUAUUACAUGGAGAUCCUGAUGGUCACGGGUCUUCUUGCCUAUAUUAUGAACUACAUAAUUGGCAAAAACAAGAACAGCAGACUUGCCCAGGCUUGGUUUAAUUCCCACAGAGAACUUCUCGAGAGCAACUUUGCCCUCGUGGGGGAUGACGGUACCAGUAAGGAGGCCACCAGUACGGGGAAACUGAACCAGGAGAAUGAGCACAUCUACAACCUGUGGUGCUCAGGACGUGUCUGCUGUGAGGGGAUGUUGAUUCAGCUUAAGUUUUUGAAAAGACAGGACCUGCUGAAUGUGUUGGCCAGGAUGAUGAGACCAGCCUGUGAUCAAGUGCAAGUCAAAGUGACUUUGAAUGAGGAGGACAUGGACACGUUUGUGUUUGCCGUGGGGAGUCGGAAGACCGUGGCACGGCUGCAGAAAGAGAUGCAGGACCUGAUUGGAAAGAUCCAUUAA